CAAUUUUCAUCAACACUGACGUAGGAGCUGGAAAAUUGUCAAGUGAAAAAAAUUAUAAAAAGUGCUAUAAUCAACUCAAUUUGGCCAGCGAACUACGCAUUUGCAACCACCCAACAAUGAACAUGUACAACGGACAGGUUAACGCCUACGGCGGCGGCGGAGGAGGAGCAGCUGGUGGCGCAGGCCUCGCCGGCGGCAUGAUUCCCAAUCGCAUGGGCGGCGGCGGAGUUCCGCCCGGCGGCGCUGGCAUGUUCCAGCGCAACCGCUCGGCCCCGUAUCCGGGCUUCAAUGGACACGGCCACGGGCCCGUCAAUGGCGGCCAGCGUCGCAUAAAUGGCGGACCCGGCGGUGGCGGCGGCGGCAUGGGAGGACCGCGCGAUGGCUUCGGCGGACAGAACGGCCAGCGGUCGUCCAAUCACGGUGCCCAUUUGCCCAAGAUAAUAUGGUCGGAGGUGAACCUAACGCCGUUCCGCAAGAAUUUCUACAAGCCCUGUGACUCUGUGCUGGCCCGCACUCCGGUCGAAACGGAGACCUUCCUCACCAGCAACGAGAUCACCAUCAAGGGCGAUCAGGUGCCCACGCCCAGUAUUGAGUUCGAGGAGGGUGGCUUCCCCGACUACGUGAUGAAUGAGAUCCGCAAGCAGGGCUUCGCCAAGCCCACGGCCAUUCAGGCCCAGGGCUGGCCCAUUGCCCUCAGCGGCCGGGAUUUGGUGGGCGUGGCCCAGACGGGAUCGGGCAAGACUCUGGCCUAUAUCCUGCCGGCGGUGGUGCACAUCAACAAUCAGCCGCGCCUGGAGCGCGGCGAUGGACCCAUCGCCCUAGUGCUGGCUCCCACUCGGGAGCUGGCCCAGCAGAUUCAGCAGGUGGCCAUCGAGUUUGGCAGCAACACGCACGUCCGCAACACGUGCAUCUUCGGUGGGGCACCGAAGGGACAGCAAGCUCGCGAUCUGGAGCGCGGCGUGGAGAUCGUGAUCGCCACUCCCGGCCGGCUGAUCGAUUUCCUUGAGCGGGGCACCACCUCGCUCAAGCGCUGCACUUACUUGGUGCUGGACGAAGCCGAUCGCAUGCUGGACAUGGGUUUCGAGCCCCAGAUUCGUAAGAUUAUGCAGCAGAUCCGCCCCGAUAGGCAGGUGCUCAUGUGGUCCGCCACUUGGCCCAAGGAGGUGCGCCAGCUGGCCGAGGAGUUCCUGAACAACUACAUCCAGGUGAACAUCGGAUCGCUGUCGCUGAGCGCCAACCACAACAUCCUGCAGAUCGUCGAUGUCUGCGAUGAGAACGAGAAGCUGAUGAAGCUGGUCAAGCUGCUGACCGACAUCUCGGCCGAGAAUGAGACCAAGACCAUUAUUUUCGUGGAGACCAAGAAGCGCGUGGACGAGAUUACGCGCAAUAUCUCACGCCAGGGCUGGCGCGCAUGCGCCAUUCAUGGCGACAAGUCGCAGCAGGAGCGCGAUUUUGUGCUGUCAAGCUUCCGCAAUGGCCGGCACUCAAUCCUGGUGGCCACGGAUGUGGCUGCCCGCGGACUGGACGUUGACGAUGUCAAGUUUGUGAUCAACUACGAUUAUCCUUCGAACUCCGAGGACUAUGUGCAUCGCAUUGGACGCACCGGACGAUCCAAUAACACCGGCACCGCCUACACCUUGUUCACGCACUCGAAUGCCAACAAGGCAAAUGACCUGAUCCAAGUGCUGCGCGAAGCCAACCAGAACAUCAACCCCAAGCUGUUGAACAUGGCCAUGAGCGGUGGCUACAACAAGCGCGGUGGCGGCAUGGGCGGCUAUCGCGGCGGCAAUGGUUACCAGGGUCGCAACCAGCAGAUGGGCGGCGGCGGCUACAAUGGCGGCAACAAUUACCGCAACAACAACAACGGUCCCAGUGGCAACAUGAACCGCAGUGCCUUCAACGGCGGCGGUCCUCCGCCACGUUUCGAUCAGAAGCCGCGCACCUCUCCGCCAAAUCAGGGCGGAAAUGGAGGUUACCGUGGCCAGGGAGGCGGCGGCGGCUACCAGGGUCAGCAUCAGCAGCAACAGCAGCAGAAUGGUGGAGUUCCCUUCUCGCGCUUCAAUCCCAAUGCCGCUUGCUUCGAGCCCAAGACACAGAAUGGUCCGGGAGCGCCGGGAGCGCAGCAGCAGCAGGCACAACACCAGCAUCAGCAGCACCAGCAGCAGGCGCAGGCUGCCCAGCAGCAGCACUUGCUGGCCGAUGCCUCAGCGGCGGCUGCCUACGGGAUCGAUCAGAAGCGCUCUCGCUUCUCGCCGUACAACAUGAACUUUGCCAACAUGCCGCCGCCGAUGAACCAGCAGCAGGCCGCCCAGCAGCAACAGGCGGCUGCGGCGGCGGCGGCAGCAGCAGCAGCAGCAGCAGCGGCACAGCAGCAGCAUCAACAACAACAGCCGGCGAUGGCGGCCGCUGGAGCUGGAGGAGGAGGAGCUAUGCCGCCACAGGCCUACGGCCAAUACUCGUCGAUGUCCUCCAGCAUGGCCACAGUGUCGCUCAACGGCGGAGCAGCUGCAGCCAAUAUGGCGGCCAACUCGUACCGCGCCCAGUAUGCAGUGCCCACGCAGGCGGCCCCCUAUAUGAUGGCUAACAGCGGGGACAUAUUCGCCUACCCGCCGCCCCCGCUGCCCGUGCAGAACUAGAGGCUCUAAAUAGUUCGAAAGAAGCUACCAAAUUGUAGAGAUCCCGCUCUACAGUGUACUUUCCCCUAACCCCACACACAAACAAACACACACGAACAUAACACACACACGCACAUCCUCCCAAGGACACGCAAGAGGGCACGAAUCACAGGUUCACAGGGAAGAUGUUAGAUGAGCGUCGUUAAUAUAUAUAGUACGUUCCGUGUAGAUCUCCUCCGCCCACGUCAUAGCUAUAUAAUAUGGUUUAAUCUGGAAUCAAAUACGCUUUUUAAUUUGAUAUAAAUCUUAUUGUUUACCCCCUCGUCCCCCCUUGAAUAGAAAGAAGAGAGAAACAAAUUCCCAAUUUAGUUGAUAAGCUUUUUGGUUUAGUCAAAUUGUUAGGGCAUUCGAGUGCCGAUCAUCGAUGUUUGUUGGCAUUUAUCACACUUUCCAAGGCCCUGGGCGUAUUUGAUUUCCCAAUCUAUACAAUUCUCGAAUAUUGUACAUUUAUUAUUCAUUAUUUCAACACACAAACACACACAAACAAUCGGUGCAAAAGAAAUGUUUGCAAUGCUCCAAAACUAAAACUAAAGCCAAAACGAGAUUAGAUGAGAAUAAUCGGUCGAAAAGAAACUAGGGAAUCGCACUCCCAAUCAACCCACUUUCACGCGCUAUCGGACACACACACGUACAUAUUAAGAAACAAUGUCAAUUUCUUAGAAUCAAAUGCGUAUUAUUAUGUCAUCUUAAACCAUAUUAUGUGACUAGUCUAUUUGAAUUACUUAGCUGGAUACUUUCAAACAAUAAUAACAAUGCAUACAAAAGCAACAAAACCACUAAAAAUACUUUCAGAUAUAAUAUAUGAAAUGCAAUUCCAUUUUACGACAACCCAUGAGUAUGAAUUGAUUCAAAAAGCAUAUGAAUAAAGGAACUAAUUAGA